AUGCCAUCGCAGACGACCACACUCGCAUCAACAUGCUGCUCGCGGCCCGCGCGGCCGCCGACGCUCUUGGAGCGGGCGCUGAGCCCAAUUGACCCGCUCAUCAUCCUCAUCGUGCUCACCAUCGUCGGUCUGCCCGGUGCGAUCCGCGCCCAGUUCUCGCGGCUGAGCCCCGUAUCCUGGCUCAACCCGUUCCGGUGGCACGAGCUGAUCCUAGCCAACGGGUUCGGCUACAUCCUGGCGCAGUCCAACAAGAACUGGGAACCCGUCAAGCGGCCGCUGCUCGCCUCGGCGCGCGGGCGCGUGCUCGAGGUGGGUGCGGGGUCGGGCGAAAACGUCGUCUACUACGACCUGGACCGCGUCGAGAGCCUCGUCGUCCUCGAACCCUUUGCACCGCUCCGCACCAAGCUCGAAGCGGCUCUGGACCGAACAGGUCUGCUGAGCCGCAGCACCGUCGUCCCGCUCGGACUCGACGAGGAGCGCGGCACCCUCUCCCGCCACGGCCUGGCGCCCGCGUCGUUCGACACCAUCGUCCUCGUCCAGGUCCUCUGCUCGAUCCCCAACCCCAAGUCCCACCUCGACUACCUCCAGUCCCUCCUCCGACCCGGCGGCGAGAUCCUCGUAUUCGAGCACGUCGCCAGUAAGCACCAGCCUGCGCGCCUCAUCCAGCAGCUCUGGACCGUACCCUGGAAGAGGCUUGUCGGCGGCUGCGAGAUGGACCGGGACAGCGCCGACUGGCUGCGGGACGUCGGCGGGUGGUCCCACGUCGAGAUCCUCCGGCCCAAGGACGAGCACCGCGCCGAUCUCAUGCCCCAUGCCGUCGCUCGGUUUGUCAAGGCCUGA